AUGGCGGCGGCGGCGGGGCCGGGGGGCUACGAGGCGCUGGUGCGGCGCGGCUACGCGAGCCUGGCCGGGGCGCUGCGGAGCUGCUCGGGCUGCGGCUGGGAGCUGGCCCGCCGGACCUGGGCCGAGAGCGCGCGGCUGGCCUGGAGCGAGGCGCUGCUCUGCCUGCUGGCCGCCGUCGGCUGGACCGUCGCCCGCCGAGCCGCCACCCGGCGCCUCUUUCGGGUUCGUGGCUCCUGCUGGAAGAGGGGCAUGGAGGUCCCGCCAGACAUUGCCAUCGCCUACCUGAUGCAAGGCAGCUUCUAUGGCCACUCCAUCUAUGCCACGUUCUACAUGGACGCUUGGCGCAGGGACUCGAUCGUCAUGCUCGUCCACCACGUGGUGGCCCUCAUGCUCAUCACCUUCUCUUACAUGUUCAGGUACCACAACGUGGGAAUCCUCGUCCUCUUCCUUCACGACAUCAGCGACGUUCAGCUGGAGUUCACAAAGCUCAAUGUCUACUUCAAAUAUCGGGGCGGGGUCUACCAUCGUCUGAACGAUUUGAUCUCAAAUGCCGGUUGCGUCUCCUUCAGCGUAAGCUGGUUCUGGUUCCGCUUGUACUGGUUCCCUCUCAAAGUGCUCUACGCCACCUGCCACACCAGCCUCCAGACUGUCCCGGACAUCCCCUUCUACUUCUUUUUCAAUGCUUUGCUCUUUGUCCUGACUCUGAUGAACAUCUACUGGUUUCUGUACAUCAUCCUCUUCGUAGUGAAGGUCUUGCUGGGGCAAGUUCGGGAAGUGAACGACGUCCGGGAAUAUGAUGUUGACGCAGCCUGCAAGAAGAGAGACCGGGAGUUUCACACCCCCAGCUGCUGGAAGGAAGGGAAACAUUUGAAGAACGGACUCGUGAAAGACAAGCGGUUGUAGACGGCACCCGCUGGAUCUCUGCUGGCAAGGACCCCCAGCUUGUUUGGCAGCCCAGAGAAGAGCCCGCCCCCCACCCCUCCGUCUCGAUACCUAGAGCUGUGGGGUGGGGAGGGGGAAGUGUCUGCAGGAAACUCACUGGCGGUUGCAUUGUUUUUUUAAAAAAAUUCUUGCAUUUGGCCAGAGUUGGCGCUGGCGGUGAGGACUCCCACGGAGUGGAUUGAAAGGGGGCCUUUUUCACAGACCUGGGGUGGAUGCAACAUGCCCAGCGGAGAGACCCACAAAGGGAGCAGCAAAAGUCCCUCUUCCGCCAACACCCCCUUGUAAAGACCAGCUCUGCCCUGCGCAGCCUUCUUUGGGGUGGCCCCAGAGAGAAUGCAACAGCUUUCCCCACCCUCCUCGUUCUCCAGAGCCCUGACGGGUAAAGCGAAGCGAGUGGCCGAUCAGAUUGAGGGGACAGGGAAUAACACUUGUGAAUGGAUUGACAGGAGGGGUGGUGGUGUUCACCUGGGGACAGCUAUCCCACAAUGCUCUGCGGCACUUUAUUCCUCGCCUUGCAAGCACGCACACCCUGCCUUUUUAAAAUAUAUAUUUUACUGGAUAUCGUCAGCAGAAGGGGGAAAGGGUGUUUGGACCUGUCUCAGGGGGUGUGUACUUUUUUCCUGUUGUGUGCAAAGGAAGUAUCCAAAACUACUGUAAUUUUCCAAAUUAGUUUCUGAAAACAGACGUUUAAAACAUUCUGUUUGUAAGGGCAGAGGAUGGGUGGGGGGGGAGAUGAUGGUGAAAUCGGCUGCCUGUUUUUAUAUCUAAAAUGUUUGUGAUGAAGAAACAGGGCGCCAGGAAUGCGGGGAGACAGAGGGGCUGGGGGGGUGUCUGCCUGAUGGGGCUGCGUGGAGCCUCUGCCUUCAGAGUCUGUCUGCAAGGACUGUACCACAUCACCCCACAAGGAAAAAGGAGUCUCUGUGAGCUAGGUGCUGCACCCAAUGAGCAGAGGCAGCUGGGCAGCUUCCUUUCCUGCCAGGGCACGUGGGUGCCAUUCAGACAGCCCAAAACUUUUGGCGUCUGUCUUUCUAUCCAGAUGGAUGGAGGUGACUCCCGUUUUGCAUUCUCUCUCCUGCGAGGGAAUACCUUGAAGCAGCACCAGCAUGGACCUCCAAUGAAGUUUGGGUAUAUAGAAUGCAAUCUCUGGUGGCAGAUUUAUUAUCUUUACCCUAUCCAGCCUCCAAGGAUCUCACGGCACCACAAGGGUUGCAGGUGAGCAGAGGUUCAAACCUGGUUCUGCCAGUCCCAGCGCCCUAAUACAGCGCCAAUUGAUGUUUGUGGCUCAGCUGGGCGCCCCAGAGCUGGCUUUGGGGCAGCGCCCAUCCAUGUCAUGCAAUUAAACUCCCCCCCCCCCAGGGAAAAGCAGAGGAAGGUGGUAAGAAUCCUUUGGGGGCGGAAAGCCCGAGUGGCAAAUGCAAGGCUGGCAAGGGACGGAAUCACAGAGCUGGGACCACAAUGGCCAUCUAGUCCAACCCUCUGCAAUGCAGGAACCUGAGAUUAAGAGUCUUCUGCUCUACCAACAGCUGCCCCAGAGUCAGAAACAGUUGCCCAUCUCCAGCAAAUCUCCAAGAGAUCUCCCAGGAAAGGGUUGAGCUUAGAGCAGCUGCCUCACAUGUGGAGGGUCCCCGGUUCAGCAUCUCCGUGAAAGGACACCCCGGGUCUGGAAGCCUGGAGAGCUGCUGCCAAUUUGUGUAGGCAUUACUGAACUCCGCUGACCCAUUGAUGCAACAGAAGGCAGCUUAUUGGCUUCCUAUUUCAGCCAGCUCUAUAUUCCAUGAGGACCAGAAUGACCUUAAACUGAGUGACCACAGCUCAGCGGUAGAGCGUUUGCUUUGCGUUCAGUAGGGCCGGGGGUUCAGUCCCCGGCGUUGCCAGUUUGGGUUGGGAGAGACCCCCCAGGCCUGAAACCUGGGAGAGCUGCACACAGUCUUGAUCUCGUUUUAUCCAAUGGUCUGACGCUGUAUAGGGCAACUCCUGGUGCUCCUCAUAUUCUGCUCACCCUGAGUUAGCAACAGUAGAUGUGGACGCAAAUAAUUGCUUGCUAAGGUGGAAGAAGAUGCAGGAGGGAGAGAAAUUUGUAAUGCAGAUGGGGACAUUUGUACCUGAAAGCACCCUGGAUCCAGAAGUUGCGUUUUCAGGGUGUUCACACACUACAUCCCAGAAGUGUACAAUCUUUGAACUUCUGUCUGUGGACACGUGGACAUUUAUCCACAUGUAUUGUUCAACAGAAAUGCAGUCUGGUCGAUUUAAACAAACCCACAAGCGUACACACUUCCAACACAAGUCGGGACGCUGGAGUCUGUGUGAACGAGCCCUUCUUUUGAUAAUUCAACAUCUGGGAAGCCACUGCAUCCAUUUGCCCUCUCAGCCCCCUUCUGCUUGGUGCUGCAGGAUGAGGCCAUAGUCACAGCAGCCUGCAUAUGUGUGCCAGCUUUAAAAAAUCUGCCUCUCCCUUUGCCCUCCACGGAAGAAUUGAAAGCACCAAGAACUGUAGAAUUCCCCACUGCGGGGAGGGGGGAGAGUUAGAUUCCCUGACUUGCAUAAAUGAUGGGAAUUUGAACAAGUUCUCUGAUUUUUUGCGCACACCUGGCAGUGUUUCCCAAACUUGGGCCUCCGGCUGUUUUGGGACUACAAUUCCCAUCAUCCCUGACCACUGGUCCUGCUAGCUCGGGAUGAUGGGAGUUGUAGUCCCAAAAGAGCCAGAGACCCAAGUUUGGGAAACCCUGGUUUGGAGGUUCGUUCCCAGGGAAGAAGUGUGGAGCGUCGAACCCCUCCUAUCACUGGGAAUCAUAUUUGGUGCACGGCUCCUGUUUCUGAGGAUUCAGGCAGACCACUGCAUCCAUGAGGGCUAGCACCUUGGUUUCUCUAGUGAAAGCCGAUGUUCUCUGCAAGCCAGGUGCCACAAACAAUAUGCUGCGCUCACACACGCCUGGUGUUCCUGCACUGUAAUUUGUUUUGCACACUGUUUAGAGAUUUUAAACAUUAAGCAAAAGUUUUGGAAUACCUGAAAUAAAUUGUGUCCCGUAGUGGGACUGCGCUGGUGACACAGCUUGUUCCUUGACCAAAUCUGUCCUGCCAAGAGAGAGAGGAUCCCUUGCCACUUGAGUGUUGCGCAUGCCAGGCCACAGCAGCCUGUUGACUUCUGGUGAGUCUUCCCUUGGAAGGAAAAUAAGACGGGGAUGGAUUUGUGAACCUCUAAAUGUGGUUACUAAGAGCCCAUUGAGCUCAACACCCUGUUCUCAUGUGGCCACCCAGGUGCAACAGGGAUGGGGAACUGGCGACUCUCCAGAUGUUGGGACGAAAGAAGGUGGCACCCUGCCAGAUAUUUCCCUUAAAAAACCCCAAAGCCUGUAUUUUUUUUUAUAAAAAAUGUUCAGACUUCAGGAACCACACCUGAUUCUUCAUCUGCAAUGGGUAUCCUGGAAGAGUGUAAUUUGCUUAAAAGGUGUGAGGAUGUGUUGUCAAGUUAAAUUUGCCCCCAUCUCCAGUGAGUGGGCAGAAAUCUCCCCUUCUAAGGCUGCAAUCCUAAAGGCUGGUUCAACACAUUGCAGCUGACUUCUGAGUAAGUGGGGAAAGGUUUCUGGUCGCAACCGAGCAUGAUGUGAAACAGGGAUCACCAGAGAACCCAACAAGGCUUCAAAUCCACUGAGCUUUCCGUAAAAGGGACUAGCGUGCUUUGGGAUCUGAGAUGCUUCCGGGCAAAACAAGGUUGCAGCCAACUGAAUCAUUCUCAGAGUAGACCCAUUGAAAUGAAUGGGUGUGACUAAUGGGCCCCACUAACUUCAAUGGGUUGCUCCUGGCGGUAGUCCUAUUCAGAGUAGGCUCAUUGAAAUUAGUGGUCCUAGUGUUAGUGGUUGUGUUCGUUAGCUUCAAUGCUGGAUAGUGGAUGCAGCCCAUUGAUGUUAAUGGGCCCAAAUUAGUCGUGCCUAUUCCCUUCUAUGUGUCUACUCUUGAGUAAGUUAGAGGCAAGCUUUUUUUUGGGGGGAGGGGAGUCAAAUCCCAUCCAGGUGGAUUAUGUCUUCACACACACAAGGUUCCUGUUUGGUGCAAGGAGAGUCUUAUGACAAAGCUCAUUCCAGACAUCUAGGCCUGGUCCGGAUCCAUCCCUUACACCCAUGUUCACACUUCCUCCCCUGCCCUUUUAUGACUUGUGGCUUUGCUUCAGAAAGGUGUUUGUCUGUGAGAGAGGGAUCUGAGGCACUGUGUUUGUUUCUGUGUUAAUUUAAAUGCCAACUCUCUUGUGGCGGAAUCCUCAUUAAAAGAAGGAGAAAUCGCA